AUGUACCCUCCACAAUACUUUAGUGCGGCUGCUCUGGCCGUCGUCCUGUCGGGUGUCGUCACUGCGCAGAACUCCACAGCAUCGCUCCCUGUCCUUGACCUUGGAUAUGCACUUCAUCGUGCGGCGGCCUUCAAUGAAGCUGAAGGGUAUUACAACUCUUCCAACAUCCGCUAUGCCGCCCCUCCAGUUGUUGACCUUCGAUUCAGGGCACCGGAGCCUCCAGCAGCCGAUCGCUCUGUAAUUCAAGACGGCUCCGAAUCUCGCAUGUGCCCGCAGAACUACCCGCCAUGGAUGGCAUCCAUCGGCUGGGUCCCUGAGUACAUCCAAUCCGGGAUUGUCCCAAACGCCACGGCUGUAGCAGUCUCGUCCACGAACACCUCAUCAACGCCACCUCGGGAUCCGAUGCAGAACGAGGACUGCCUUUUCCUGGACGUGAUGGUUCCUGAGGCAGUCUUUGAAAAGGCAGGCCGGGGCUCCGGAGCUCCUGUUCUGGUUUGGAUUUACGGUGGUGGCUAUGCGGUGGGCUCCAAGACCAGCGGGUACGAUCCAAGAAAGCUUAUCCGCCGGAACGGCAAGGCCAACGCAGGACUCCAUGACCAGCGCCUGGCCCUGCAGUGGGUCCAGGACCACAUCCAUCUCUUUGGCGGAGACAAGAACCGAGUGACGGUCAUGGGCGAGUCAGCUAGUGGAGGCUCCAUUACCCAUCAUCUCACAGCUCACGGUGGCACCAAGCCCGCGCCCUUCCAGCAGGCCAUCAUCCAGUCUCCAGGAUGGACUCCCAUGCAAUCCCUGGCCACCCAGGAGCAGAGGAUACAUGACUUUUUGCGAUUUGCAAACGUCACUAGUAUAGCGGAGGCUCGUGAUUUGCCAACUGAACAGUUGAUGGCAGCGAACGACGCUCAGAUCUUUGCCUCGCCGUAUGGCAGCCAUGGGUUCGGGCCAUCCGUUGAUGGAGACUACGUCACCCAAGACCCGAAGGUGGCGCUGAGUCAAGGCCGAUUGGAUACCUCGGUGAGGAUCAUGGUUGGACAGAACUCGAAUGAGGGUCUUCUAUUCACCGCCCCCGUCACCAACGAUGCCCAAUAUCUGGACCUUAUCCGAGCCAAUUUUCCCACAGCUGGAGAGGACAAAAUCAGUCACCUUGCCAACGAUCUAUACCCCUCGGUAUAUGACGGCUCGAUGGGAUACGAAGACCAAAUGGAACGUGCUGCGCUGACCAUGGGCGAAGGAACAUUCUUCUGCAAUGCCUUUGCCCCGAACAGUGCGUACGGCAGCCACUCUUCCUACCUGUUUAACGUUUUCCCAGGCCUCCAUGCGCAGGACAUCGAGCACACCUUUUACAACCCGGACUUUGCCUAUCCAGGGCUUCCCCUGCUUACCAUGUGGGGGGACAAUGAGACGGUCGCGUACGUGAUGCAGGACUAUUUCACCAGCUUCGCGGCUCAUGGCAUCCCCGAGAGCUGGGAGGAUGGUCUCGGAGCUGUUCCCGCAUACGGCGGAAAUGCAACCUCGACUGUGUUGGGCAACGAGGGCAUUUUCAUGGGAUCUCAACCGGCUGCGAUUGAGAGAUGCGCGUGGUGGCAGAAAGCAUUUGCUUAG